AUGAGUCGCCGUUCUGAUGUAGAACCUGGAAGAUGUAAGAAAAAUGGUGAAGAGUCUGCUUAUAGACUGGAGGUUGAACAGCUGGCUGUCUGGUGCAGUCACAACAACCUGGAGCUGAACAUGCUCAAACCAGUGGAGAUGAUAGUGGACUUUAGGAGGAACAGCCCAGAACUCCCUCCACUCACCAUCAUGAACAGCUCUGUGUGAAGUGGAGGCAGUGGAGUUCUUGGGCACCACCAUCUCUCAGGACCUGAAGUAGGACAAUCACAUUAGCUGCAUUUCCACUGUCGGGCCAAAGCGGCAUACUAGUGCAUGUCAAUACCAGUCAAUUUCCACUGUCACUUCCAGGGCUUGAUCAGGCGUCCUCAGGGCUAACGGUCAGGGUAUUUUGGCACGCCUUGGUUCAAAGCGGGCCAGCUCGGACUUGUGUUUAAGAACAAAGGUGAAGUUUAUCUGAGUCUGGAGACGGCAGAGCAACGGAUGAUUUCAUAUACCAGCUAACAUCAGCAUUAAAGACUUAUAAAAUCAUUUUAGCUCAAAACACACUUUCAGACAGCAGCGACUGUUUGAAAUAACUUCUGUUUGUGAUCCGAUGUGGAUUAUGAUCACUGUAUAAGCCAGAAAUAUUUAUAUGCGACGCAAAAGAGUAUGCGCGCUGUCCAUUAAGCCCUGGGUAUACUUAGUUUUUUUUACGCAUUCGCUAGUGUACGCAUACAGUUGAAUGCACAGCUUUGAAAAGUAUGCUUCAUUUGACUCGUACGCAUGUGUUUUCCAACUGGUGGGUGUUUAUAUAUCAUGCAAUGAAAAUGAUCCCCUUCAUCCGACCCCACCCCUAAACCCUACCCACACUGAUGUGGGCAAAUUAGGUAACGCUCUCAAAAACGCCCCUCUGUUUAUGGCUUCGCCCACUGAUCAUUACUGUCCUGCAGAAACCUGUGCUUGCGGACACCUCUUGCUCCGCUACUGGACACAAAAGAAUCCCAGAAAUGACCCACAUAACAUCUAUUUAAUGUGCAUAUAAGGGUCUGAUAGAUUUCAUCUGGUAUAUUGAUCUCAUGUGAAAACACAAAACUCAGUCAGCCACAUAUUCUUUUAGCAGUAAUUCAAAUCUUACUGAAAACAUGGCAAUAGAGGGUAUGCACGUGACGUCACUGACGGCCGCUACGACUGCGGUUACGCCCACUGAGUGGCAAAAAGACUGAGCGGCAGCAUUGGUUGUCAGCGUGAAUGCCACGAAAAACACAAUACACAUCCAAAACGGAAGAGCUUUGCGAUUGACUGUACAAAUAGCUUUGACAAAAUCUGAGGUAUAUUUUUACAGACUGCCGAAAACUACAGAAAAAAGCAAAUGGAUCGCUGUAAUUCACAUAAUAGACUCCAGGAAGAGAAGCAUAGAUUUGCAGUUAUCAUUUUGUGUCAUAAUAUUGGAUUUUGAGGUAAAAUCGUACCCAAUUCAAAUUCAUCAAUUAAACCAGCCUAUAUUCUGCAUAAUUGGGUGUUUUUAAAUAAACACUGUCAAAAACUAUUCAAGUUUUAGGGCUAGACGAUAUAUAACAUUGAUACAAGUGAUCACCCAUAUUUAGACAUACCUAGGCCUAUAUUGUAGAAAAUGUUCACAGGCAGAUUUGCUUUAUGUAUUUCCCCGGCGUCGAAAUCAGGCACAUAAAUGUCAGGAAAAGCGACUCUUGGCUGCAUGCCAAUAUCCAUGGGUUAGGUUUUGACAUGUUAUAAGGAACAUUUCGAGUCCAACAUUUAGUGUAAUCGUUUGUUUUACUCGCGUUUUCGCAGUUUCCCCUAUUAAAUCCAGUCAUGCAGCAGGUUAUUUUGCCACUCAGUCCUGCUGAGGGAUGCAUACCCUCUAAACAGGGCAAGAAAUUACAUUUAUUUUAUUUUUUUAGUUCAUGUGAGCUGAACUGAUUAUGCAGUAAAACAGGACACGAAUGACAUGUACAAAAAUAACAGCUAAAAACUUCUCAUCACCACGUCAUUGAGUUUUAAAAAAAAUCGUUUCGUAUAGGUUAUUGUAGCUGAUGGUUUGGGUGUUAUUUUCACAUCUACACCUCUGGAAUUCAAGGUUAUUUUUGAUUGAGAAAAAGACGGAGAGAGUUUGCUGUGAGCAGGUGUUACAGGAGCCUGUAGGGGGCGCUCUGACGCUCUUCAGUCCGCCGGUAAAACCACGAAGAAAAAACGAAGCUGCUGCACUGAGACGAUGUUGAGCAUGAAAGCGCAGAUGGAUGUGAUCUGCUGUAAAUCAGUAGGAACUGAUCUGUCCAUGAUGGAUAUUGAGGAUUUCAUCAGUGAAAUCUGUCAGCUGAAGAAAGAGGUGGCGUCACUGGAGGCAAAGCUGAGAGAAAGAGGAGACAAACCCAACAGAGAGGAUCUGGAGAAGGUUUCAGUGUGUGUGACUGACGGGACAGAAGCUCAGGAUUCAGUCUGGAGAUCCAGAGACACACAGGACUCAGAGCUCAGCCUCACUUUACUGUGUUAUACUGACGCUCAGGAUCAUGGAUCCACUGAUCAAACCUCUGACUGUAACGCUGGAGAACAGCAGAUGCUGCAGACGCCGCUGAAGAUGUGCUCCGUCAAACUGGUGGACUGCAGGAACCUGAUAAAAACCACAGCAGAGGAACAACAACAGAGACAUGAGGAGGAGGAAGAAGAUGGGAUUGAUGAUUAUAAUGAGGAGGAGGAGGAUGUAGAUGAUCAGAAUAAUGAUGAUGAUGAUGAUGAUGAUGAUGAAGGAAAUAAUGAGGAUUAUGGGAAUGAUGAUAAUGAUGACUUCGUUCCUUCAGAUGAGAAUGGCAGUUCAUCUUCUGAUGAAGAAAUAACCUCAACAUCAAAAGAUCAGCUGAAGGUCAAGAGAUUUUCCUGCUCCACCUGUGGGAAAACAUUGAGUUCACAGGGUUAUUUAGCGAGACAUGAGAGAAAACACACAGAACAGAAAGAUUUCACCUGCAAGAUAUGCAACAUCAGCUUUCCUACCUUAGAAGAGAGGAGACGUCAUUCAAAAGAGCACACCGUGAAGAAGGAGUUUCACUGUGAACAGUGCGGGAAGGAUUUUUUCACCACUCCUUCUAAUAUGAGAGUUCACAUGAAGAGGCACACUGGGGAAAAGCCUUUCCACUGCAGCGAAUGUGACAAGUAUUUCAACAGCAAGUCAAAUCUUGCUGUUCAUAAGCGAACCCACACGGGCGAAAAGCCUUACCACUGCAGCGAAUGCGACAUGCGAUUCGGCACCAAAGGGAAUCUCGAUGCUCAUAUGAGAAUCCACACGGGUGAAAAGCCGUAUAAGUGCCCUCACUGUGAGAAGAGCUUCAACCACAAACCCCAUCUGAAGACCCAUGUGCGUGUUCACACCAAUGAGAGGCCGUAUCAGUGCAGUGAAUGUGGGAAAACCUGUAAGGACUCAAGUUCUCUAAGAUCACACCAAAAAAUACAUUCUGAGGAGAAACCAUAUCAGUGUUCACACUGUGAUAAAUGUUUCCGUCAAAAAUGUAAUUUGAUUCAUCAUGAGAGGACUCACACCGGAGAGAAACCGUACCUGUGCUCCUACUGCGGGAAGAGCUUUUUUGAUCAGGCUCAACACGGUGUUCAUCUGAGAGUUCACACUGGAGAAAGACCGUAUCACUGCAGCGUUUGUGGGAAGAGUUUCAAGCAAAACAUUAAAUUAGCCAUGCACAAGAGGAUUCAUACAGGAGAAAGACCGUAUAAGUGUUCUCAGUGUGACAAGACUUUCGCUCGAUCCGACGUCCUGAAGACUCAUGAGCGAGUUCAUACAGGAGAGAAACCUUACCGCUGCUCCAUCUGCGGCGAGAGAUUCGCUUAUUUAGGUAGUUUUCAGACCCAUCAGAAGAAACACACUAAAGAACAAACUGCACCAGAAUCAUCAUAGUUAACUUUCAUCAGUAAAAAAAACAUUAGCCACAGCUUCUUUUAGCAGUAAUAUUAACUGUAAAAUAUGACAACACCACAUCAGGGCAAAAAACUAAGUUCUCCUCACCUGCAUUAAAGGUUUAAUUCACCUAAAAA